CCACACCCAAAACAACAGCGUAACAGCUGAUUGCCAGUCUUAUUCCAACGGACUCUUUUACAAAAUCAGGAAAAUUGAAUGUCUAGCCAAUGAGGACUAUUUUAAUAAUGUGUCUUGUGUUUUAAAACCAAUAAGCUGGACCCGAUCAGUAUUAAACAUGGAUUGCGAUAUUAAGGACAUACUACCUGAUAUUAAAAUGGCGGUAGAUGUUUUCUACAAGGAUUCAACAAACCUUUACAAGCCAUUUGCUGUAAAAUUUCAAUUUGACAUAUGCAAACUGUUAAACACAAAAUCACAGCGAAAUUUUAUUGAAGAAUACGCCUUGAAACAUCUGUAUACCUUAACCAACGUGAACCAUAGUUGUCCCUAUAAGGGUCACCUGUUUGCACGUGACUUUUUUUUGGAUGAGGUGUCAUUGCCUCCUCUUCCUCUUCAGGAUUACAAAAUUGGAUUUAAUUUUUCAGGUCUUAAGCCGAAAAAACGCUUAGGAGAGGUAUUUAUCUACUUCGAAGUGCUGGAGGAUUACUACAAGAACAGAAGAACUAAGCCACGGCCAAAAACGAUUGUUUUUGUUUAAAAUACAUUAUUCAUUAUAAGUUAACUAUAGUUUUAACUACAAAAAUAAUUUUAUUUGUACAACUUUAUUUUAUUUUUAA